AUGAUAGCCCGACCCUGGACAGAGGACUUGCCCAAGUGUAGGAAUACUUGUGUCGCCUCGUGUUUCUCUCAGCUUGGUGAUUCUAGCUCUACUGAUGACUGCUUGUGUUUCUAUUGCCAAACGGAAGACAAUUCUUGUUUAUAUGGAGUGUUUGAACCUCAUAAUGGUUUGGAAGCAGCUAGGUUUAUUAUGCAAAGAAUGGCCGCUGAGCUCCUCUUUCCACCACCAUCCAUUCACAACACAGACGAGGAGAUAAGGGAGCGCCUCAGGAAUGCCUUCAUAUCCGUAGAAAAGGCAUAUAUAGAAAAUUAUGAUGGAAUGAUAGCUGAAAGAACAAGUCUGCAAUACAGAUUACAAACCCUUAAUAAAACUGAGAUAUCCCAAAACUGUGACAACAUUCUACAUAGGCUUAAAGAGAUUGACCAACAUCUGUCUGGCGGUACGACUGUAGUUCUUGCUCUGGUCCACAAUAACAAGCUAUUUGUAGCCAAUGUCGGUGAAACCAGGGCACUUUUAUGCAGGACCGAUGACAAUUCUGUACUAAGAGUUGUCCAACUGACCAUGGACCAUAGUUUGAACAAUGAAGACGAAUUAUUAAGGCUGUCACAGUUGGGUUUAGAUGUUAACAAAUUGAGAAACUUUCAAUACUUGGGCAACCAAACAGGCACAAGAUGUCUGGGCAAUUACCUAGUCAAGGGGCUUUACAAAGCAUUUCCAAGCAUCAGCACAGCCACUUCUGAACCCGUUGUUGCUGCUCCGGAGAUACAUGGACCUAUAGCAUUAGAUCAGUCUUGCAGGUUCCUUGUUCUAGUCAGCGCCGGAGUCUACAAACGCAUCCAAGAAGUGAAGGGCAACAGCGAGGAAACUAACAAACAGCUCGCGCAAAAAAUCGUCGAAAACUUCCGCAAGCAGUCAGACUUUACGCGCGUCAGUCAGUCCGUCCUAGAAGAGAUCGAAGAAGACUUCGUCUCGUACUGCCUGAAAAACAAUUUGACGCCGAAACCGAACACGCACAUAACCCUCCUCAUUCGUAAUUUCAACUUUCUCCCGCCAAUACCUCAAAAUGACAGCUGUCAAAAGCAAACGACAUCCGUCAGAUUCAAUCCGAUCGUUCAGUCGAAAUCGAACACGCUUCUGAACGAAAUCGAUUCCGAGUUGUAUUCGUCUGGGACGAACGAUUGCGAAACGAACGACUCGAUUGUGGAUACGAAUCGAUCGCUUGAAUCGACGUCUGAUAUUUAUCCGAAUCGGCCCUAUGAAAAGGACAAACGGGUAAAGGGUUAUGUGGAUUUUACUUGUUACUAUGAAAAUGUUGCUAAGGCACGUAAAAAUGGUACUCUUCCGAGCUUUAUUAAGUAG